AUGCAGCCUCACCUGCUGCGGUCCCUGCAGCCCCACCUGCUGCGGCCUGAUGCGGUCUCUGUAGCCUCACCUGCUGCUGACCAUGCAGCCUCACCUGCUGCGGUCCCUGCAGCCUCCCCUGCUGCGGUCUCUGCGGCCCCACCUGAUGCGGUCUCUGCGGCCCCACCUGAUGCGGUCUCUGCAGCCUCACCUGCUGCUAUCCCUGCCGCCUCACCUGCUGUGGUCCCUGCAGCCCCACCUGGUGCGGCCCCUGCAGCCUCACCUGCUGCGAGUUCUACUGCCUCACCUGCUCUGGUCCCCGCAGCCUCGCCUGCCGCGGUCUCUGCAGCCUCACCUGCUACGGUCCCUGCGGCCUCACCUGCUGCAGUCUCUCCAGCCUCGCCUCCUGCGGUCCGUGCAGUCUCACCUUCUGUCUCUGCAGCAUCCGCUGCUGCGGUCCCUGCAGCCUCACCUGCUGCGGUUCCCACAGCCAACUCAACUGCGCUUCCUGCGGCUCCAUCUCCUGUAAAAAAUGAUUACAUGGCCUCUGCCUCUACCCUUUCUGUGGCCAGAGUCACCGCCCCUAGCGCCUUUUCAGGAGCCUCUGCUAUCCCCCCCGUGUCCUUUGCUGCCCCCACUGUAACCCUUGCUGUCCCCCCGGCAUCCCUUGCUUCCCCUACGGCAUCCCUUGCCGCCACUCCCGCAACCCCUGCCAAUUUUCCCACAGCAGACCCGCCCACCUCGGCCUCUCGCUCAGCGUUACGCUCAUGCACGUCCAGGUCCGGAGCCCCGGAUUUCCCAUUUUCCUCCUCUCCUCUCUUGGCCACAGUGCCUGUGUCGCCGGUGACUACCUGUUCGCUGGUGACCGGGUUUUUCUUAGUAGAUGAAGGGGGAGGGUAG